AUGACUGCUGUUUCUUUUGAGGACUCGUACUGUGACCUAACACAAAUCGACUUUUUUGGGCUUGUCUGUACCGUUCAUUCUUUUUCGCAGAAAUGGACCCCAUGUAUCCAGAAACCUAUGUUACCCAAGAGGGGUAAAGCUCCAAAUAGACAGCCGUCGCAGAAUACUGAUAAGAUUGUAUAUUCACAUGCUGGCAAUAUCUUGAUGAUGCAAUCGAUUAGCAGUGAAUUGGCAAAAAUCACUGAUUCCAGUAUCAUUGGCCUUCAGUACGUGUGGGAGUAUCGCAGUCCAAGUAAAUCUGUGCAACCACACUAUGUUUGCAAAUUGUGCAGCGUAAAUCAAGUGCAACAACACAUGAUCCAGCACAUCAAGGGAUGGAAGCACAUGUUCAGAUACAUUAAAAAGACGUGUCCUGAGAAGUUCCCUCAUGAAGAGGAAUCAAUUGGUAAAGACCAAGAAAUAAAAGUCAACCUGAAACAAGUUGCAGCAGAGAUUGAAAAAACUGAGGGAAGGGGGCAGCUCAAGGUAAUCCUGAAAGAACCCUGUGAGUUGCCAGCAUUCAAAGAUUUUUCCUCAGCUAUUCCUGGGGCUACUCAUCCACCAGCUGGUUAUAGAAGGGAUGGCUUUGGAGGGUACUCAACUCUACAGACUCCCUCUGAUUAUAGUGUGGGUCGGACAUACUAUGAUGACGGGGGUUAUAACCAAACAGCAGAAGAAUAUGGUGCUGGUGUUUAUGAUUAUGGGCAAGGCUCUGACUUUGAUGGAGGUCGACGUUCCAGUGACUAUGAUCGCUAUGGAGGUGCCGUUGACCAUGAUGGCUAUGGAGGCUCCAGUGGCUAUGAUGGCUAUGGCCGUCCCAGCGACUAUUUGGAGGAAAGAAGAGGACCUAUGGAAAGGCCCAUGAUGAGGCCUUCUCCAAGACCAGUUCAGAGACCAAUGAGUAAACCUGCUUUGCCACCUCCUCGAAGACCUGCUGGUCCACCGGCACUUGGCGGAGACUGCUCUGGAACACUACUCAGUUACCUGGAUACCUUCAAAAUAGAGAAUGAAAGCGAUGCCGAGCUGGUGUUGAAGGUGACCCAAAAGUUGACUGAUGUGCUGAUGGAAUACAGACUGAGACAUUCAGAGGUGACUACAGCUUCUUCCAUGUAUCCACCUUCAAAGCCAACCUUCAGAGAACAAUUUUCUGGAGCUGGUUUGCCCAUGCACCCUCCGAGCCGUUCUGCAAGUAAUAGGGUUAUUACAGAAAUGUAUCCAAUGAAUCCAGAGGCCUAUGCUCCCCAAGGUGUCAAGAGGAAAUUUCCAUUUGGGCAUCAUCAAAUCCCCAUCAGGAGGGGUACAGCUCCACAUAGACAGCCGCCGCAGAACUCUGAUGAGAUUGUAUAUACUGCUGAGGAUGGUAGGAUCAUCGUUAUGUCAUCGCUUAGCAGUGAGUUGAGAAAAAUCCCUGACGCCGUAAUUGGCCUUCAGUACGUGUGGGAGUACCGCAGUCCCAGUCAGUCCGUGCCACCACACUACGCAUGCAAAUUGUGUGGUGUAAAUCAACUGCAACAUCAUAUGGUUCAGCAUGUCAAGGGACGCAAGCACAUCUUCAAAUUUGUGACAACUGUAUGUCCUGAAAAGUUUCCUUAUGAUGAGGAAGCAAUCGAAAAACCAAACCAAUCUAUAAAAUUUGCACUCAAGCAAAUUGCAAUGGAGCUUGAACAUACUGAAGGGAGAGGACAUCCCAAAGUCAUCUUCAAAGAACCUUGUGAGGUACCGGAGUUCAAAGAUCGUUUUUCUGCCAUUCCUGGUGCUGCUCUACCUCCACCCGGCUAUGAUGACGUAAACAGUGAUUAUAGAGUGGAGCAGAAAUACUUUGACGACAGGGGUUAUUACCAAGAAAGAGAAGAAUAUGAAGCCGGUGUUUAUGAUUAUGGACGUCCUAGUGACUAUGAUGGCUAUGGACGUCCCAGGGAUUAUUCUGAGGAAAGAAGAGGACCCAGGCCCAUGACGAGGCCUCCUCCAAGACCAGCACAACCUGCUUUGUCACCUCCUCAAAGACCUGCUGGUCCACCUGUACUUGGCGGAGACUGCUCUGGAGCACUGCUCAAUUACCUGGAUACCUUCAAAAUUCAGAAUGAAGGCGAUGCUGAGCUGGUGUUGAAGGUGACCCAAAAGCUGACUGAUGUACUGAUGGAAUACAGACUCAGAUGUGAAAAGGGUCCUCAGUCGUCGUCCGUGUAUCCACCUCCAAAACCAACUCAAGAACCCUUUUCUAGAGCUGGUUUUCCCAUGCACCCUCCAUCCCGCUUCUUCAAAUAA